UUGCACCAAUGGAAUACGACGACAAUUUACAUCAGCACUGGAAUGUGGACGUGCAUUAUGCCCUGGUUUUCUCGAAAUGGUGGUGUAAAUCAUUAGGAAUCUGGCCAUGGCAGCACAAUGAACUUUUAUCUAUCGUGCAAACUAGCAGUAUCGGUUUAAUGGUGAUCAUUGGUGGUGUCUUAUCAUCUACUCAGUUACUGACGAAGGGUAAUUGUGGAGUAACAACCGAUUUACUGGAUACCUUAACCGGUAUCAUGAUAUUUUACAUAUCCUUUAUUAAAAUUUUCUGCCUUUGGUUUCAUCAACAACAACUGCGUUAUAUUAUUUUAUCGAUAAUUCAUGAUUGGUUGCAUAUUAGAGAGGCACAAUCACGGAAGAUCAUGCACCAGUAUGCACAUUGGGGUCGUUUAGCUUUUAUAUUGCAAAUUACUUCAGUAUCUGUGGCCGUGAUAAUGGCAGUGUGGAUUGAUCCUCCAAACGUAACGAGUGGGAUUUCAAAAAGUGAUAAUUCAUCGAUAAGACCCCUGAUUCUGGCACCUUCCUGUUGGAUUCCAAUUACGAUGCCCAUUCAUAUUUACCUGCUUUAUUACUAUGUCAAUUUUAUCGCUGCAAUCUGUGUAGCACUGGUAUAUGCAGGAUGCGAUGCACUCAUGUUCAGUGCUGCUUUACACAUAUGUGGUCAGUUCGAAAUACUCGAGGCAAGUAUUGAAAUGCUCAGUGAUGGGGAUGAUUAUUUAACACAGAAAAUUAAAAUUAAAAGCUACUCAAAGCGACAUAAUCACUUGAUUCGGUUGGGAAAACGUAUGGAUACCUUAGCCAAUAUGAUCAUCCUCUCGGAACUUUUGACCAAUAGUGUUCUCAUAUGCACGUCAGGAAUUGUGGUUCUGGCGAACGUUAGAACGGGUAAUGUGAACCGUGUGAUGAUGAGCUGGGGAGCAAGAAUAUGUGCUUUGUACAUGCAAUUCUUCAUGUACUGCUAUGUUGGUGAAAAAUUAUUGAGCCACGCUGAGAAGUUGCGAAGUAUUGUAUACAAUUGUUCGUGGUACAAUCUGUCUGUUAAUAUUGCGAAAGAUAUAGAAUUUAUAAUAAUGCGUAACAAUUACUUCUGUCAUUUGACAGGAGGUAAAUUUUUGAUCAUGAAUUAUGAAAGCUUUACAAAAAUAACUAAAAGUUUAUUUUCUUUUUUUUCUAUUCUCAGAGUUACGCUUGAAUAAAAUUCAUUGCGUGAUACGUAGAUUCUAAUAAUUGCAGCUCAAACUAAUAAAAUAAUUCGUAUUAUGGUGGUGACAAAUGUAGUGCUUGGAUGUUAUUAAAAAUAAGUGACAUCCUAAAAAUUAUU